AAUAAGGUAAGUAAAGACGGAAUCAGAAAAACAGAGACUGACUGUAUGGAUUGUCGUAUUAUAUCUUUCCUGUCGUAUUUUUUAAAUUAAUCUGUUUUUUUCUUUUCAGUGAAAAAAAAUAUCAAAAUAAAAAGCACACGUAUAUUUGGCGUGUUUAAAUUUUGUGACUAUUCAGAAUUUUUAUUCUACGAAUUGAAAGUGUUUGUGUACAUGCACUUUGUAAUCGUUAAAAUGGCAAGAUAUACUUAUACGACCGUCAUCUUUGCAACAAUAGCCAUCACUUUUUUAUUUGGAUUACUCGUUGAAACCACAGCGACGAUAGCUCAACCAAAGGCACCUAAUUUUCAGUAUUUUGAACGGCCUAAAUAUCGCUAUCCAUAUUAUGAUGAAAAUGGCAGAGGAAAAUUACUCUAUGGCUAUGGAGGACCAGAAUUAUAUCAAUACAAAACUUAUAGUGGCCUCGAAGGUAUCCAUUAAAAUUAAAACAACAAGGAGCAUUAAAUUAUAAAUUAUAUAUGAACAAAUUAAAAAUUAGUGAUCGUUUGUGAAAUAAUGUGACAUAAUACAUAGACGAUUUUGUUUCCGAUUACAAGAAAAUAAUUAUAUUUUAUAUUAUAAUAAUUGUUAAGUAAUAAUAACAUAUUAUACAUAUUUUCAAUUUUUUAUUAUAAUUAUAUUUUUUCUUGUCAUCAGAAACAUAUCGAGUUACGUUAUGGAAUUAAAGAACAUUACAAGAUUGUU